AUGAGGGGCAGCGAAGCUUUGGUGCUCAAGAUCUUUAUUAAGUACCGAGACACUCCCUUAGUCAAAGCCAACAACCAGGACCUCACCUAUACUCUCCUCAUCUUCCUCCUGCUCUCCUUCCUCUGUGUUUUGCUGUUCAUUGGCCAGCCUGAGAAGGUGACCUGUCUCCUUCGACAAACAACUUUUGGCAUCAUCUUCUCGGUGGCUGUUUCUUAUUUUGAUAUGCAUUCAAUGACAAAGAAAAUUGUGCUGGAGUGUAAUGAAGGGUCAGUCAUUAUGUUUUACUGUGUACUAAGCUUUCUAGGCUUUCUGGCCAUCAUCAGCUUCACCGUGGCUUUUGUAGCCAGGAAGUUGCCCGACAGUUUCAAUGAAACCAAGUUUAUCACCUUCAGCAUAAGUCCUCUCCCUAUCCUUCACAAAUAUUAUAAAUCGGGGGACCUCAUCAUAGCUGGCAUUAUGUCCCAGAUCUACAUGUUUUCCCACCCAAUAACAUUUGGAAAUUGUCCAUCUGAGGAACAGUUCGAUCACCUUUUCCAUUUCAAUCCAAUUUGGACCUAUCAUGCCUCAAUGGAACUUCUCUCCACACAAGGCAGAUUCAUUCCUAACUACAAGUGUGAUGCCCAGAACAAUCCAGUUGCAGUCAUCACAGGACCAAACUCUGACAUCUGUCUCUUCACAGCAGUUAUUCUCUGCACCUACAAGAUUCCACAGAUAUCUUAUGGUUCUGCACCAAAGAUGGACAACAAAACACAGUCUGUUUUCUUCCACCAUAUGUUCCCAAACCAGGCCCAUCAAUAUUUGGGGAUUCUUCGUUUAUUGCUGUAUUUCAGAUGGACAUGGAUUGGGGUGAUUUCUCUGAAUGAUGAGACUGGAGAAAGAUUUGUACAGGACAUAGUUCCUAUGCUAUCUCAGAAUGGAAUCUGCCUUGACUUCGUAGCAACAAUUCCACCACCAAUAUUUUCCAGUGAAAUUGCUGAAGGACUGGCUGAAGCAGUUGAAACAUACAAACUUGUCAUGGGAAGCACUGCCAAAGUUUUGGUCCUACAUGGUGAAAUUCAGACCAUGAUAGUUUUAAGACUGUUCCUCCGACUCCCGGAACUUGAGGAUAUACCAGUUGAGGGAAAAGGUAAAAUCUGGAUUUUGACAGCUCAGAUGGACUUCACCUCACUACCUUUUCAAAGAGACUGGGACAUCGAUUUUGUCCAUGGUGCCAUCUCCUUUGCAGUUCACUCAGUGGAGCUCUCAGGAUUCCAGAAAUUUCUCCAGGAGAAAAAUCUCACCUCUGCAAAAGAGGAUGGCUUUAUCAGACAAUUCUGGCAACAGGCAUUUCUGUGUUCAUUCUCCAACCACACGGUAGACAAGGAGGGUGGGGAAAUUUGUACUGGAGAGGAGAAACUGAAGGAUCUUCCUGGAUCUGUUUUUGAAACAGCCACAACUACCCUCAGCUACAACAUCUAUAACGGUGUCUAUGCUGUGGUCCAUGCUUUGCAGGCCAUGUGGUCCUCCAGAUUCAAAUAUAGAACAAUCGUACCUCGUGGGCGAUGGAAUCUUCUGGAUCAAGAGUGGUGGCAGCUCCACCACUUUCUGAGAAGUUUUUCUUUCAACAACACUGCUGGGGAAAGGAUUUCCUUUAACCAAAAUGGUGAAUUUCUCACGGAACUUGAUAUUAUCAAUUGGGUCACAUUCCCAAACCAGUCCUUUCAUAGAGUCAAAGUGGGCAAGACAGACUCAAAGGCUCCCCCAGACAAAAUGCUCCUCAUUCAUGAGAAAGCCAUUGAAUGGCCAACCGUGUUCAACCAGGUGCAACCUCUUUCUGUUUGCAAUGAGGACUGUCGUGCUGGUUUUAGCAGGGCAAAGAAGGAAGGGCAGCCUUUUUGCUGCUAUGAUUGCCUUGCAUGUCCAGCAGGGAAGAUUUCAAAUGAAAAAGACUUAAAUGAAUGUUCUCAGUGUCCUGAAGGUCAGUAUCCAAACAAAGGCCAGAAUUUAUGCCUACCAAAAGACUUAAGCUUUCUGUCUAAUGGAGAACCUUUGGGGAUCUGCUUGGCUACUCUUGCUCUCUCCUUCUCUUUCAUCACAGCUUUGGUGCUCGGGAUCUUUAUUAAGCACCGGGACUCUCCCUUAGUCAAAGCCAACAACCGGGACCUCACCUACACUCUCCUCAUCUCCCUCCUCCUCGCCUUCCUUUCUGCAUUGCUGUUCAUUGGCGAACCUAAGAAGGUCACCUGUCUCCUUCGACAAACAGCUUUUGGCAUCAUCUUCUCGGUGGCUGUUUCAUGUGUGUUGGCCAAAACAGUUCUUGUGGUUCUGGCUUUCAUGGCCACAAAGCCAGGGUCCAGAAUGAGGAGAUGGGUAGGGAAAAAGCUGUCCAGUUACAUUGUCAUUUCAUGUUCCCUUUUACAAGGUACUAUUUGUACUGUGUGGUUGACAAUGUCUCCCCCCUUCCCAGAUUUUGAUAUGCAUUCAAUGACUGAGAAAAUUGUGUUGGAAUGUAAUGAAGGGUCAGUCAUUAUGUUUUACUGUGUCCUGAGCUUUCUAGGCUUUCUGGCCAUCAUCAGCUUCACCGUGGCUUUUGUAGCCAGGAAGUUACCCAACAGUUUCAAUGAAGCCAAGUUCAUCACCUUCAGCAUGUUGGUCUUUUGCAGUGUAUGGGUGUCCUUCGUUCCGACCUACUUGAGCACCAAGGGGAAAUCCAUGGUGGCUGUGGAGAUCUUCUGCAUCUUAACCUCCAGUGCUGGGCUACUGGGAUGCAUCUUUUCCCCAAAAUGCUACAUCAUUUUACUCAGACCGGAGCUGAACACAAAAGAACAGCUAAUUAAAAGAAAUAAUUAA